UCAUCGAAUUAAAAUUAUCCUGAUUCUGAACAGUUCCUUGUGUAUAUAGAUUCAUUAGAAUGGUAGAUUAGAGAUCUUUGUCUUUUUUUUUGAAAUUUUUGUUAGUGAUUAUAGGGUUUGUGGUAUGAGUUGACUCUGCUUAGUUAACAGAUUGUGUUUGUGUCUGAAAGUUUGCCACUCUUCCAUGUUGAUUUAUUUUUGUAACUAUUCUGAGUAUCUUCUCAUACUUUGGUGUGUGACCAAAAAAGUUUUUUUUUUUUUUUGGUUGUGAUUUAUACAUAAGUUCACUGUUGAAAGUGUUUUUUUUUUCUUAAAGAGAUGAGGGGACAAGGGGCUUUUUCUUUCACGAAAUAUAAAACUAGAUGUACUUUUGGUUUUCAGUUCUUUAAACUUGAACUAUUAUUUAAACAUGAUUUUGGUUGUGUCUAUUGUAUUCGUAUUUCAUUUUAGGCUGCCUUUACUCUCUGCAAUUUGAUUCUGAGAUAUAAUGGUGAACUAUUACUGACUGGUUGCAUAUCCUAAUUUAUUUUUUGUGGGGGAAGUUGAAUGUAAAGCUGUAGAUUGAGGUUAUUAUAUUUAUUCCUUGGAAUCUCAAUGAAAUAUUUUAAACAAUUUAGAAAGCUUUUACAAGUAUAAAAAGUUACCAUGAAAUAUCAUACCUUCUUAGUCUGUUCGUCCUGGUCUCUACCGCCAUUGUACAUCUCGGUUAUUCCUAAUUAUUAGAAUCUUCAUAUGGCUAUGUUUUUCAUGUCUUAUACAGUUAUACUGAAACAUCUAUAAUCAUUUGUUUGCUGUAACAACUGUAACGUUAUAUCCGCUCCUUGCAAUAUGUUUUACAUGUUCUGUCUAAACUGAUGAGGAAAUUCAGUACAGAUCCACCUACUUACUUGCUAUAGGAAUCGCCUUUUUUUCUCUACAGAGAUAUGUUUGAUGUCACACAUAUCUCUGGCAGAGAUUAAGCCUUUCCCAAAAGAUGCUUUACAUGGCUCUUGCGAACUGUAAUUACAUACUUGAAAUCUGUUUUAGGGGAUUAGUAUUUAGUAUUUACGAAUUCAUAUAUUUUCUUUCAUUUGCAACACAUAUAUCAGUUGAAGUUUGUAGUAGAUUUGUUUCUUGGCUAUGUUUUUCAUGUCUUAUACAGUUAUACUGAAACAUCUAUAAUCAUUUGUUUGCUGUCACAACUGUAACGUUAUAUCCGCUCCUUGCAAUAUGUUUUACAUGUUCUGUCUAAACUGAUGAGGAAAUGCAGUACAGAUCCACCUACUUACUUGCUAUAGGAAUCCCCUUUUUUUCUCUACAGAGAUAUGUUUGAUGUCACACAUAUCUCUGGCACAGAUUAAGCCUUUCCCAAAAGAUGCUUUACAUGGCUCUUGCGAACUGUAAUUACAUACUUGAAAUCUGUUUUAGGAGAUUAGUAUAUAGUAUUUACGAAUUCAUAUAUUUUCUUUCAUUUGCAACACAUAUAUCAGUUGAAGUUUGUAGUAGAUGUGUUUCUUGGCUAUGUUUUUCAUGUCUUAUACAGUUAUACUGAAACAUCUAUAACCAUUUGUUUGCUGUCACAACUGUAACGUUAUAUCCGCUCCUUGCAAUAUGUUUUACAUGUUCUGUCUAAACUGAUGAGGAAAUGCAGUACAGAUCCACCUACUUACUUGCUAUAGGAAUCUCCCUUUUUUCUCCACAGAGAUAUGUUUUAUGUCACACAUAUCUCUGGCACAGAUUAAGCCUUUCCCAAAAGAUGCUUUACAUGGCUCUUGCGAACUGUAAUUACAUACUUGAAAUCUGUUUUAGGGGAUUAGUAUUUAGUAUUUAUGAAUUCAUAUAUUUUCUUUCAUUUGCAACACAUAUAUCAGUUGAAGUUUGUAGUAGAUGUGUUUCUUGGUUUUAAAUAUAUUUGCAUGGCUGUGAAGACAGCAAAACGUGAUGAACACCAUGUUUUUCUCCCUUUUUCUUGGGCAAUGAGGAUGACCUCAUUGAUAUACAUUGGUUCAAUUUUUUACAUGGCAAGUAGCUUGUGGCAAGUACAAUUUUUAUGUUAUAUUUUUUUGCAUUAAUGAAAUGCUUUAGUCCCUUUCCAAACACUUAGUACUAUAUUAAUUUAUUUAUAAGUAGUUAGGUCAUGCUAUAUACAAUGACUGGUACCAAUUAAUUUUGCCAAUUAUGGAGGGGGGACCUCAUGGUUUAAAUCCUGAUUUAGGAAAUCAGCUUUAGUUUUGAGAUAAUUUUCCAUGAUUAUAAAUUUUUUAUAUAUAGUGUAUUAUAAGGUUGUGUCUGGCAUUAUUUGUCUAGGAAGUACCAAUAGAUUCUGUCUGUAGGGUGAUCCCCUGACCCUUUUACAUGCAAUCUUCAUGCCUUCAUUUUUUUUUCAUUUACUUUGCUUUGUAAGCAUUUUAAAACUUAUUCUCUAUUAUAAUAUGAUGCAUUAUUGAUCCCUCCCCUUCCCACAAGCCUAGUUGGUGUUCUUUUAAUUAAUUUAUUUUUAUGAGCGUGUGUGUUCAGGCUAGCUUUCGCGCACCUUGACUAAAUCCAUGUGAUACCUAUCACAUCCCACCAACACCAUGUAUCUGAUUACUAAGAUGAGGUUUUUUGUGUUGAACCUAUUUGCUUAUGAUUCAUAUUUCCUUUUGAGGAAGAAAUGUGAGGGCACUCUCCAUGUUUAACCAGUUGUGAGUUUGAGUCACUAGGGUCGGGGAGCAAAUAUUGAGGCUCUAGGAGGAGUAAAAAGCUGCAGUUAGUGGUGGUAUUCAUUUGGUUUCUUAUGUACUGUUUAAUAAUGGCAUUUCUCAUUUGUAACAGAGAUUUUUUUUUUUUUAAAAAAAACAAAGAUAAUAGGUUGCCCAGAAGAAUUUUGUGGCUAAUGUUGAGAAUUAGUAUUCCAUUGGGUUUGUGCUUCAUUUGAUUGGUGAAGGUGAAGGUUCAAGUGAAAGUGAACACACCUCAAGUACAAAAAGGGUAUCUGGAGUGCAUAAGACACGAUUACUGGUAAGAAAUGGAAGCUCUACUUGUAAGAAAACUGGGCGACCCAACUCUGCCACCAAAUGCCUCGGAGAAUUCGUCACUCGAUCUCUCAACAUCCCACCCUAUACCUAAUUUGGAAUCGCCAACCUCCGUUAGAGUUCGAAUCAAAGCCACCAGCUUGAAUUUCGCAAAUUAUCUCCAAGUCCUUGGCAAAUACCAAGAGAAACCUCCGUUACCCUUCAUCCCUGGCUCCGAUUACUCCGGCGUUGUUGAAGCCGUUGGCCCUAAUGUCACUAAGUUCAAAAUUGGAGACCUCGUUUGCUCUUUUGUUGCCCUUGGCUCAUUCGCUCAAUUCAUCGUCGCCGAUGAAUCCGACUUGUUUCAAGUACCUGAUGGGUGUGAUCUAGUUGCAGCUGGUGCACUUCCUGUUGCAUAUGGGACAUCACAUGUGGCACUGGUGCAUAGAGCGCAGCUGCGUCCCAAACAGGUUUUACUGGUGCUUGGAGCAGCUGGAGGCGUUGGGCUUUCGGCGGUACAAAUUGGGAAGGUUUGUGGAGCAACAGUUAUUGCAGUGGCUAGGGGAAAUGAAAAGGUGCAGUUUUUGAAGUCUUUAGGUGUUGAUCAUGCAGUAGACUUGAGCAGUGCAAAUGUCAUCGAAAGUGUCAAGGGCUUCCUGAAGUCAAGAAAGCUCAAAGGGGUCGAUGUCUUGUAUGAUCCAGUCGGGGGGAAACUUACAAAAGAUAGCUUAAAGCUAUUAAAUUGGGGGGCACAAAUUCUGGUUAUUGGAUUUGCAAGUGGGGAAGUACCUGUCAUCCCAGCCAACAUUGCGUUGGUGAAGAACUGGACAAUUCACGGACUAUAUUGGGGAAGCUAUAAGAUACAUCAACCCAAUGUGCUUGGAGAUUCUCUGAAGGAGCUUCUAGCUUGGUUGUCUAAGGGUUUGAUUACAGUCAACAUUUCUCAUACAUUCAGCCUGACAGAGGCACAUCUUGCUUUUACUGCUCUCAAAGAUAGGAGAGCAAUUGGCAAGGUGAUGAUAACAUUUGAUGGUGGGAAAAUCGUCAAGUCCAAGCUUUAAUUGUAGUGAUCGACUCGGAAUGAGACGAGGUGCACAAGAUUUUCCUGCUGCGUGACUAUCAAGAUUAUGCACCAUCCUAUGGCUUUUUGUCACAAGGAGGUACUGCAAUCAAUAAAUAUGUGGAGCUUGUAUUUUGUAUUUAUGAAAGAAAGAAAUAUAAGGUAAUAGAUGUUAUUGCAACGUAAAAAUAAAUGUACAUGAAAAUUUGAGUGAAACAAAGUAAAAUCUAGUUUGAGUAUUACUUCUUUUAUGUUCAAAAAUUAUUUUCAGAAUAUAAUGUCCUGUCAUAAUUCAAAUCACAUUCUAUCA